AUGGCAAGCUCACACAAUCAAGGACAAGCGCACGGACACGGUCAAUACGACGAGACCGCCGCCAAACCUUCUAUCGGACAAAAGAUUGGAGGUGGUAUAGAGGAACUUGUCGGAAAAGCAACCCACAACCCCGGUAAAGUAGCCGAAGGAGAAGCUAAGAAACAUGGAUAUGCCGGUCCACCAGGAGGUGCUCAAGGUUAUAACGAGACUUUACACAGGGGUGAAAAUCCAGGUGGUUUAGCUGGUGAACAUUCAAUCAACCCUUCCGCACAUGGUAAUCACGGUCAACAUGAACAUGACCCAAGUAGACAUGAAGGCUUUAACUCCAACUCUCAGUCUCACUCUGGUGCUGGUGCACACACCGGUGCUCACCACCACGGUGGUGGUGUAGGGAGCCAAUCGCCCUUCCCUCCUGGACAAGGUGAACCUGGAUUCGGUGGACAUCCUCAACAACAACAGCAACAGUUCCAACAAGGUCAACAUUCUGGAUUAGGUGGAGGGUCCACUUCUAGAACUCAUGAAGGUAUUGGAGGUGGACCAGCAGGUCAUAAUUCCGGAUUACCCUUGGGUAGCAACGCCGGCGGACCAGGUCAUCAUGAACAUGGUGUAGGUGGAGUCGAAUAUGGUUCAGGUACUGGUGGACAUGCUGGAACAGGAUAUGGUGCUGGACAAGGUAUCGGUGGUGGACAAGGUAUCGGUGGUGGACAUCAUACUGGUGCCGGUACGGGUGUAGGUGGAGACAACGUUCAACCUCCUUUUGGCGGAAGUGAUAGGAGAUAUUAG